UCGUAACCGCAAAUUCUAACAUCGUUUUGUUUCUUUGAUCGGAGAAUCUCGAUUAGGUUACGAUGGUGUUUCUCUCGAUCCCCAACGGGAAGACUCUGUCGAUCGACGUGAACCCUAAAUCAACCACCGUCUCCGCCUUCGAACAAUUGGUCCACCAACGCAGUCAUGUUCCAAAGCCUUUCCUUCGUUACUCGCUCCGUAUGCGAAACCCUAGCCAUGUAUUCGUCGAUUCCGAUUCGAUUCUAUUAUCCGAUCUCGGUGUUUCUCGUUUCUCUACUGUGAUUAUCCAUGUCCCGCUUUUGGGUGGUAUGCAAGGAAUGGCUCCGCCGAAGCCUCGUCUCGAUUUCCUCAAUUCUAAGCCUCCGUCAAAUUAUGUAGCGGGUUUGGGUCGUGGUGCUACUGGGUUUACUACUCGGUCAGAUAUUGGUCCUGCUCGUGCUGCUCCGGAUCUGCCUGAUCGAUCUGCUGCGGCUACAGCGGCUGCUCCAGGAGUAGGUCGUGGAGCAGGGAAGCCAAGUGAAGCGGAGGACGAUGAAGAAGCUGAGGAGAAAAGGUACGAUGAGAAUCAGACGUUUGAUGAGUUUGAAGGGAAUGAUGUUGGUUUGUUCGCUAAUGCUGAGUACGAUGAGGAUGACAAAGAGGCUGAUGCCAUCUGGGAGUCUAUUGAUCAGAGGAUGGAUUCGAGGAGGAAAGAUCGGAGAGAAGCGAAGUUGAAGGAAGAAAUCGAGAAAUACCGAGCCUCGAACCCUAAGAUUACUGAGCAGUUUGCGGAUUUGAAGAGGAAAUUACACACUUUGUCUGCGGAUGAAUGGGACAGUAUUCCUGAGAUUGGGGAUUACUCGCUGCGGAACAAGAAGAAGAAGUUUGAGAGCUUUGUACCUAUUCCUGAUACGCUUUUGGAGAAGGCGAAGAAAGAAAAGGAGCUUGUCAUGGCCUUAGACCCAAAGAGCAGAGCCGCUGGUGGCUCGGAGACACCAUGGGGGCAGACGCCAGUGACAGAUUUGACUGCCGUAGGUGAGGGAAGAGGUACGGUGUUGUCUCUGAAGCUUGAUAGGUUAUCAGAUUCAGUUUCGGGGCAAACUGUUGUGGACCCUAAAGGCUACUUAACUGACCUGAAGAGUAUGAAAAGAACCACUGAUGAAGAGAUAUACGAUCGCAACAGAGCUAGAUUGUUAUACAAGAGUUUGACUCAGUCGAAUCCAAAGAAUCCAAAUGGCUGGAUUGCUGCUGCUAGAGUGGAGGAAAUGGAUGGGAAGAUUAAAGCAGCUAGGCUUCAGAUUCAGAGGGGCUGCGAAGAGUGCCCGAAAAAUGAGGAUGUUUGGCUUGAAGCUUGUAGGUUAGCCAAUCCAGAAGAUGCCAAGGGGGUUAUUGCAAAGGGAGUUAAGCUGAUACCCAAUUCAGUGAAGCUAUGGUUGGAAGCUGCAAAGCUGGAGCAUGAUGAGGAGAACAAGAGUAGGGUGUUGAGAAAGGGACUGGAACAUAUUCCAGACUCUGUAAGGCUAUGGAAGGCUGUUGUUGAGUUGGCUAAUGAGGAUGAUGCAAGGAUUUUGCUUCACAGGGCUGUGGAGUGCUGCCCUUUGCAUCUGGAGCUAUGGGUGGCACUUGCGAGGCUCGAAACAUAUUCUGAAUCAAAGAAGGUGUUGAAUAAAGCGAGAGAGAAGCUCCCGAAGGAGCCUGCGAUUUGGAUCACCGCUGCUAAGUUAGAGGAAGCUAAUGGGAACACAGCUAUGGUGGGAAAGAUUAUUGAUAGGGGUAUAAAGACUCUGCAGAGAGAAGGGGUCGUUAUUGACCGAGAAAAUUGGAUGAAUGAGGCUGAGGCCUCUGAGAGAGCUGGGUCUGUCGCAACAUGCCAGGCGAUUAUUAAGAACACAAUCGGUAUUGGAGUCGAAGAAGAGGAUAGAAAGAGAACUUGGGUUGCUGAUGCAGAUGAGUGCAAGAAGAGGGGUUCCAUUGAGACCGCAAGAGCAAUAUACGCCCAUGCUCUUACUGUAUUCUUGACCAAGAAAAGUAUCUGGCUUAAAGCGGCGCAGCUUGAGAAGAGCCACGGGAGUAGGGAGUCCCUUGAUGCCUUGUUGCGUAAGGCAGUGACAUAUGUCCCGCAAGCUGAGGUUCUCUGGCUCAUGGGUGCGAAAGAGAAGUGGCUUGCUGGGGAUGUUCCAGCAGCCCGUGCUAUUUUACAAGAGGCUUACGCUGCAAUUCCCAACUCUGAGGAAAUCUGGCUUGCUGCUUUCAAGCUCGAGUUUGAGAACAAGGAGCCAGAGAGGGCGAGAAUGCUGCUUGCAAAAGCAAGGGAAAGAGGAGGGACUGAGAGGGUCUGGAUGAAAUCAGCCAUUGUUGAGAGAGAACUUGGCAACGUAGAGGAGGAGAGGAGAUUGCUUAAUGAAGGCUUGAAGCAAUUCCCAACAUUCUUCAAGCUUUGGUUGAUGCUUGGGCAGCUCGAGGAACGGUUCAAGCAUUUGGAACAGGCCAGGAAAGCUUAUGAUACUGGUUUGAAGCACUGUCCCCACUGCAUACCGCUGUGGCUCUCGCUCGCUGAUCUUGAAGAGAAAGUGAAUGGGCUGAACAAAGCUCGGGCUAUUCUCACCACGGCCAGGAAGAAGAAUCCUGGGGGGGCUGAGCUAUGGUUAGCUGCUAUUCGUGCUGAACUGAGGCAUGACAACAAGAGAGAAGCAGAGCACUUGAUGUCAAAGGCUCUGCAAGAGUGUCCCAGUAGUGGUAUCCUCUGGGCUGCGGACAUCGAGAUGGCGCCACGCCCUCGACGGAAAACAAAGAGUAUGGAUGCUAUGAAGAAGUGUGAUCGCGACCCUCAUGUCACCGUAGCUGUUGCAAAGCUCUUUUGGCAAGACAAGAAGGUGGAGAAAGCCAGAUCAUGGUUUGAACGUGCUGUUACCCUUGGCCCAGAUAUUGGCGAUUUCUGGGCGUUGUACUACAAAUUUGAACUUCAACAUGGCUCUGAUGAGAACAGGAAGGAAGUUGUGGCGAAGUGUGUAGCUAGUGAGCCGAAGCAUGGUGAGAAGUGGCAAGCCAUCUCCAAAGCGGUUGAGAAUGCUCACCAGCCUAUUGAAGUCAUCUUGAAGAGAGUUGUGAGUGCGUUGAGCAAGGAAGAGAAUGCUGCUUGAUAGUACCAAAUUCCUUAUGUUUUUCAUGAUCAAGCUCUGCUCAUAGCACAUUACACUUUUAGUUCUUGUUUUCUCUUUGCAGGCUCAACUUUUAACCGUUCAUGUUUUUCUUCAGUAGCGAGAGCUGAUACUGAUUUGCUGGAGUGUAUUUUCCACCUGAUACAUGUAGAAUUCUCAGUUUACUGAAUGCUUCAGUUUUCUUUCCUCCAUCCUUAGGGAGCGCUGUCUGCCUGGUGACUAAGAUUGGUGCAUGGUACAAGUCAUGAAACCCACUCCAAAACUUCUUUAGACAGUGUAAGAAAACUAACCCCUGACACAGUUUUUUAGAGUUCUUUGUCCAUUAACACUGACUGCGAUAGUAAUUCUUAGGAGAAGAUAUUGGUAAACCUAUUAGCCUUACUGUUAAUAAACCUCUUGCAUUUUAAUAUCAACCAACUAGUUUGUUGCUAA